CCUUCCUUUUGCUCAUCGUUCAAUCCUUAAUCCUCAUCCUCAUCCUCAUCCUCAUCUCAUUCCCUCAUUCGCAACACCCUCCUCCAGUUCAAGUCUUGUUUGUUUGUGGUCUCCCACUUUUCUUUCACAUACUACUGCAUCAUAAAGCAUACUGCAUUUUCAUUCAGACACACAAACACACACACACCAUGGCCACACCCUCGCUUUCUCGGAAACACUCAUCCUCGUCUCGACCCUCCUACUCGCUCUCUUUUCUUCUUCCCAUCGUCUUCGUCGGAUCGUGUCUCCUCAGUACACACUUCGUCGCAGCUGGCGCUAUCACACGCGACCAGAUCUACGCUCAAAACGGCUUCGUCCAGAACUGGGUCGCACCCAUGCCCAGUGCACCCAUCGCCACCAACAGCAGCCCCAGCACCAACGGUGGGAUAGGUGGGGACACGUACAUCACCCAGAACUGGCUCACGACCUACAAAACCAUUGCUACCGGUGGCAACGAUAUCGCCUUUGUGCCUGACCCAUUCAGCAGCGGAGGUACAAAUGCCAGCAACCCCGUGCUGCAGAUCAAUUACCCCAAGGGGUCUUAUGCACCCUCAGUCGGCCCCAUCAAAGGCGGAGCUCAGUUUUAUGCCAGGCCUUUUGGGGACAAGACUCCUUUUGAACGGAUGAUGAUCAGUUAUGAUAUUGCAUUUCCCAAUGGGUUCAAUUGGGUCCUUGGUAAGUGCUUGCUGAACUUCAGGGCUAUUUUAGGUUCCUGAAUAAUGAAACUUUAGUUGCCACCAUUUUUCACUUGCUCACUAACAUCGACUGUCACUCAACCCGAUCCAUUUGCGAAUUGCUCAUAGGUGGGAAGCUGCCGGGGGUCUAUGGUGGGACGCCCAAUGAUGGCUGCUCAGGCGGCAUUCAAUCUACGGGGGCGAACUGUCUGACCAUGCGACUCAUGUGGAGACCAAACGGUCUUGGCGAAGUGUACGCAUAUGUUCCAGCGG